UUAGUCAUUCAAGCAACAUACGGGCCCAGUUUGCUCAGAGACACAUAAUCCAAUUUUCCCGACUAUUCCUCAGGAUCAAAUGUGCGUAGAACACAUCAAGACUGUAAUGGAGACCAAGAAGUGGAAACCUUACGGUAAACGGGCUUCCAAAUUCAUUAUAUCUACCAACUGAAGGAGCACACAAGCAACUUGACGACCUUUCGCUGGCAGGCAACGACUUGUUUGCUGGCAAGUUUCAAGAACUAAUGGAGGCAGAGGCUAAACGCAUAGAGGCCACUGACAAAAUCAACAUGCGUCAAAUUUCUCCCAGUUGCACUAUUGCCAGCGUUAAUGGUAGUAGCUGGUUGUUUGAGAGGAGCAGUGUAUGUGAAUGUGUUCUAAGCAUGAUAAGGACGGAUAGACGGUUUCCAGAUAAAGACAGAGAGAUGUCAGCAAAUGUUGCCGGCAUAUUUUUGACAAUAGGAUUGUCAUUGAGCUGCAUCUUACAGACGAGUUUAUUCAACACUGUACUGUUGCCAUAUUGAUGGAAGGACGCGUUCAUCUGAUGAUUGCUACCACUGAGGAUUUUUAGAAUGCAAUGACCAUUGCUUUGUAAUUUCAUCACAAUUUUCACGAAGGAAUGGGCAUAUCAAAAUUGACAAUUUGAGUUUUUUUGCCUAUGGUGCUUAAAAACAUGGUACUUCAGCGUUCUGACAAGUUUCCCGUGGAUGCUACAAAAUCAAGAGGGCUUGGGAGAAUGGUAAAUGAUGGGUGUGGGAGAGAAAUUAACUGCAAAGCCCAGUUAGUUGAUGACCAUCUGUGCUUAUUUGCCACAGAAGAUCUUCCCAUUGGCGCAGAGCUGCGAUAUGAUUACGGGAUCCCCAAUCUACCAUGGAGAAAGAAAACUGUGAGUACCAAGUCCAAAGAUUUAGAGGACCCCUUUCCUCAACUCACAUUUUGUGGGUUGAUAAAGGAUCAUGAGGAUGUGAUGUCAGGUACCUCAAUAGCAACAGCUGAAAUGAUAGGUGAAGAAACUGUACACUCCUGGUCUACCAGUGCCAAAUCUGAAGGAACAGGUUUCUACACUAAGACAAAACAAUGACACUGAUGAUAAGCCUGUAUCGAAAGAUGACAGUAACGAUAUUGCAAGUGAAAUCAUUGAAGGAACAUAAAGAUUUAUUGUCCCAUUUCUUCCCCACAUACAAAAUGUAUGCAAUUGAGCUCUUUCUAUUAUUUUUAACUUGAUCAUCUAAGAAAAAUGGAAUUAUAUGUAACACAAGCAGGAUCAACUUCACGGUGAAGGCCCUAUGGCUAAGCGCUCCAAACUGUUAUUGGCAUAUGUCAUACUACAUGGGUCCACAUAGUGAUGGUCCUGUAACUGGUCACACACUAUC